ACCUCGCGUGCUCUCGCGCAAUCUGACUACAUUCACAUUUCAACGUGCGAUUUGGUUAGGGGACCACCGAAACAUUUUUUUACGAAGACCAUGUACAGCUCUGUACGUUCAUAGUGCAAAGUGGGCUCACAAAAAAAAAAAAAGAAUAAAAUUAUACGUAAUUGUGAUAGUGUAACAAAAAUUUCCAGUUCCGUAAAGCAAGGCCCAUGUGAAUCAAUGAAAAUAUGUCAUUAAACUGUGAGGUGUUCUCAAAGUGGGUGGUAGGUACACCCAUUGUUAAUUCACGAUGUUAUGUGUGCAUGCUGUUAGAUAAGCAACCACCAGUGUGAUAGAAUCGUCGCAACUAACCAACAGAGUGGAAUGGUUCCGGUGAGCUGGCGACGUCUUGUACUAUUGUGUGGUUGAGGCAAGCUCGUCAACAUGGGGAAGCUUCUCUCGAAGAUAUUCGGUAACAAGGAGAUGAGAAUACUGAUGCUGGGACUCGACGCUGCUGGAAAGACUACCAUUUUAUAUAAGUUAAAAUUAGGUCAGUCUGUCACGACAAUACCGACAGUGGGCUUCAACGUUGAAACCGUAACGUAUAAGAACGUCAAAUUUAAUGUCUGGGACGUCGGGGGGCAGGACAAAAUACGGCCGCUGUGGAGGCAUUACUACACAGGCACUCAGGGCCUGAUAUUCGUUGUGGACUGCGCGGACCGCGACCGUAUCGACGAGGCCCGCCAGGAAUUGCACAGGAUCAUAAACGACAGGGAGAUGCGGGACGCCAUCAUACUCAUAUUCGCCAACAAACAGGAUCUACCUGACGCGAUGAAACCGCACGAGAUACAAGAGAAACUGGGGCUGACCCGCAUCCGGGACCGGAACUGGUACGUGCAGCCGUCGUGCGCGACGACCGGCGACGGACUGUACGAGGGGCUCACGUGGCUCACCAGCAAUCACAAGUUAUGAGCUGCAGAGUAGGCGGCACUGACGCUGCACCGCCUUCACGAGACCACGAUGCGGAUUUUGAUGCCAUUUAAACUAAGUAAACCUGCCCCCUGCGCGGUCUUAUUGAACGUGUUCGGUGUGCACCAGUAUCGGUUCACGUGCAGUAACACAACUAAAAUAUUUCGACCACAGUGAAGGUGCGAUAGCAGUGCGCGUUGUGCCGUCUACACUAGGACGAUAGAUUAGCAAAAAAAAAAACGUAUAUGUAUAAAAAUAUUAUAUUCCGUCACAUAUAUUGUGUAAUUAAAAACAAAAUCAAUUAUUCCAUUUUUUUUUAUUUAAACAUUACCUAAUACAAGAAAAAUUACGAAAUUUGUAAAUUUUUAGUUGAUUUUUAGUGUAGUAAAAUUUGAUUAUUUCUUUUGUAUUCGUAGUUAGAAUGUUUACCUCCAUUUUUGUAUGUAAAGUUUGGCGACGCGUUUCUAAAAUUAUUGUAAACGACUUUGUUUCGUGCUAUGAUUUAAUUCGACAGGAAUGCCAAUAUUUUAAAAUUAAUGUCACGGUAUAACAAAAUUUAUUCAUAGUUUUUUCGAAGUGUAAGAUGAAAUUGAGUGAAUUGACUGAGUUUUUAUUAAGCUGUGGCACGAAUGAAUGCGUAAUUUAUCUAAUGCUAUGCACCCAUACGAGUAUUAUAUGGUAUGUGAUGUUGCUUGGCUGUAUAAUAUAAAUAAAUAAAUAUUUACUAAUUAUAAUGCAUAUAAAAUAUAUAUACAUAUAUAUAUAUAUAUAAAUAUUUUUCUAAACUUUUGUUGAUUUUGAUUAUUAUUUUUUUUCGUUAAGAAAUUAAGUUUACAAAUAAAUAAAUUAAUGGUUUGUUUCUUUCUACAUCGGGAUGGAUUUAUUUUUAACACUUUAUUUUUACUCAUAACGCUAAGUUACGAAUGGAAAGUUUGCGUGAUUAGACUCUGAAAUCGAUUCUAGCAUAACUGUCUACAGUGAUGUUGCAUUGUGUGAGAAAGUAUAGAGAUAGCUUUAUUCAAAGCUUACGUUGUAUGCGCUCUGUCUCGUUUGAACUUGUUAAAAGUUGACUGUCAAUGCAAAUGAAAUUGCUGUAAUUAAACCAUCCUUAGUUAACUUAAGUAAGCGCUUAUUAGUAAGCUCGUAAAUAUAUAUAUGAAUGUAUAAAACAAAUUCACUUGUAUUGGAAAAGUUAAAAACAUAAUUAAAAUUACUGUCUGAUGAAUGAUUCUUGUUUUCGAUGUAAUGUUUCGUACGUGAUAGUAUAUUUUGAAAUGGCCCUCAUUUCCAUUGAAUAAAUUGAUUCGAUGUAAUGAAAAGUUAUUCAAACAAUCUUAUCCAUUGUUGACCUUCAUAUAUGUAGUCUUUGUUUGUAUGUGCUGGAGUGCUUACAUUUUUUUUGUCUACAAUAACUACAUAUAUGUAUCUGGUAAAGAUAUUUAAUUUGUCGCACAGCACGAAAUGUUUGCUUGAAAAAAACAUUGCAAAUAUGUUUUCCGUUUAGAACACGGAAAUCUUUAAGUAAAUGUAUUUGAUUAUUAUAACGUUUAUAAUAUUGCAAACACCGUCUGUUAACUAACAUCUAUGUCAAACUAUGCUAACACGUGCGUAUCUCAAUGUUUGGAGUUUAUAUCUAAUUGCUGUACUAAAAUAGUUCUAAAACGUGUGAUAAAAAAAUACGUUAUUCUUUAAAUAGAGGGUACUCCGUAACCGCCAGCUAAGCCACACUAACAAAUCGACCUGAGCGAAAACCUUUGAGAGCAAUAAAUUAGCAUACAGGAUAAUUAGCCGAAAAUAAUCUAGCAUUUGUAAUAUAAUUGAUAUUUGAUUAAUUAUUUCUUUUUUUUUUCACACUUUUCAAGCACGAGCCUGUUUUUUUUUAAUUCAAAGAAGAAGAUAUCAUUCUAGUUUCGUGUGUCCAGUGGCGUGCU